UUGCCAUCACCGGGUCCUUAAAGGCGAGACUUGGUACUAUCGCACGACUAUCCGGAUGUCGGAACAGCAUAGGGCUUCCGAGGCCAUCUACCAUCCCAUCCCGCAAGCACCGGUAGCCUCGAAUGUGGUUCCGACGGCCUCUCCGGACCUCGACUUGGACGAAGAGGUGGUACUAGCGGAAGUUCCUGCAGUGUUCAGUCACAACCUGGCUGAUACAAGAAUACGCUGGAUUCACUUCCUGCUCGGUUGCGCAGUGCUUCUACCAUGGAAUGCUCUCAUCACCGCGACCCCAUAUUUUCAGUCGCGAGUCGCGGGCACAUCGUUAAAGAGCGUCUUCUCAUCAUACCUUUCCACAACAUUCACCGCAGCCAAUUUCCUCUUCCUGGCCCAUGCUACCGUGACUGCAAAGAAGGCAUCAAACACACGUCGAGUGUUGUACUCCUUGACAGCCCUGGCAGCAUUAUGCUUCCUCCUUACGUUCAGCACGUAUACACACCCAGCUCCAGGGGGCUUCUUCGCAUUCGUCCUGCUCAACGCAAUCGGUCAAGCAGCAGCAGGUUCUUACCUUCAAACGGCCGUGGUCGCCGUCGCGUCACUGUUUGGUCCCUCCGCUAUGCAAGCCUUGAUGUCUGGCCAGGCUGCCGUUGCCGUUGUGAUUAGUGGCGUACAGGUCCUCAGCGCUCUUGCUUCCGUGGGCAGCUCCAAACCGGAAAUGAUCGUCGCUUCGUCGGAACCGGAGGAGCAGUCUGCAUUCGUGUUCUUCGGUCUGUCUACCGUGUUCCUCCUUGUCUGCGUCGGAGUGUAUACUUGGCUGGUUUCGUUGCCUGCGUACAAGGCGGUAACCUCGCAAAGGUCUGCACGUCGACCAUCAACGGCGGAAGGGGCCUCGCUCCUCCACGAGGAAAACGGCAUAGACACUGUGCACGAGCUCCGGAAGCCGGAGCAGAAGAACUAUGCGGUACGUCUGGCGAAGACCAAUGGUACAUUCAACCUCGCGGUCGCGUACGUCUUCAUUGUCACCUUAGCUGUCUUUCCGCCCAUCACGAUCUCUGUUACGUCGACGAAUCCGUCCGUACACCCGCUCGUGUUCAGCGCCAUUCACUUCCUCAUGUUCAACGUCGGCGACUUCACCGGCCGCACCCUGUGCUCUCUCCCCAGCCUGCACGUCUGGUCCGCGCGCCGCCUGUUGACGCUGUCCCUCCUCCGCACGCUCUUCAUCCCGCUUUUCCUCAUGUGCAACAUCCAGUGGAGCUCCUCCCAGUCCUCGAGCGGGCCGAUCAUCGGCUCCGACGCGCUGUUCAUGCUGCUUAUGGUCGCCUUCGGGCUCACGAACGGCUACGUGUCGAGCAUGUGCAUGAUGGCCGCGCCGUCGCUCGCGCACAACCCGCGCCUGCAGGGCCGAGCGGAGGACGUGGAUGUGGCGGCGACCGUCGCAAGCUUCUGCUUGGUCGGUGGGCUCGCGGUGGGCAGUAUACUGAGCUUCGCGGUCCGGGCGGCGGUUUGCGAUUGCAAUCCAUUUACGGAGUAACAGGGUGGGGCUUUACAGACUUUACCUCCGGGACAUUUGGUGAGAAACUGGGAGGGCUUCGCUGUAUCAUACCUAUCCUUGUACUCGGCUCUGAUCACAUCUAGCUUCUUAUGUAUGGGAGAGGAAGCGUUGCUCCUAUCGUCCUGGAGAUAGUAGCUAUUCCCUUUAAUGUGAGCUUGGCUUGUAAGCUCGUCCUGAUCGCAUAUUCAGUUC